AUGUUGAAUAUAAAGAAAAUAUCGCUUGGCAUCAGUUUUUUCCUCUCUUCAGUGGCUUAUGGGGUAUUUCAACCGUUCUAUCCCCUACAUAAUCCUGAUAAAAAUUAAUAAAUUACUUCUAAUUUUAUAUGUUUAUUAAUUAAUAAUUAAUAUAUAAAUUGAAAAAUUUUAAAUAUUCAAACUAUUUGCAAGGGAAUUACAAGCAAGAGAUAACCAUGUAAGCUUAUGAAUAAUCGGACUUAUUUUCAGCAUUGUUCCAAUGACAGGCGUUCCUUCAAUUUGGCUCAACAAUAAGAUUCAACACAAAGUGGGGAGAAAAUUUAUUUUUCUCUUUUCUUCUCUAAUUCAAGGCAUCUCAAUGAUCAUUCUCCCUUUUGCUGCAGACUGCAAUAGGGACGAAUUUAUUGCGUUGAGUUUUUUAUCUAGAUUCUUUUAUGGAGUAGGUGUUGGGUUUCUAUGGGGAUCUGGCCUAGCAAUUGCUACCUCUGAAUUCAAAGAUCAAGCACAAGAAGUGAUUGGUGAAAUAAGCGCUCACUCAGGAAUUGGCAGUGUAAUCGGCCCUUUACUAGGAACAGUUUUGUACUUAAUCGGGGGGGUUUCAGUAGCCUACAUAGUUUCUGGUGCUGUUUUUAUAAUUUAUAUCCCUUUAGCUUAUUUUACCUUGGGCAAUCUUCAUAGUUCCAUAGAAGAACACGAAAAAUUAGAGCUUUUCAGAUUAUGAAAAAGACCUGUAAGGUUUAUAUAGCAAAUAUUUCUUGCAGCAGACAUCCAACUAUUUGUCUAUGCUUCUAUGUAUUUUAUGUCUGCUUCUAUUUCAGUCCACUUAGACGGAUAUGGCGUAAGCCAAGAAAAUAUCGGCUUUCUUUUUACAGCGUUCUAUUUUUGUAAUGGCGUUGGAAGCAUAGUUUUUUCAAAAAUCACGAGAGUAGACAAAAGAAUUAUCAUGCUUGUAGGAUUAUCUGGGAUCGGGUUUGCUAUGAGCAUGAUGGGGCCUUCAAUUAUAUUCCCAGAUGAUGUGCAAAUAGUUAUUAUUAGUAUUCCUUUAUUAGGGAUAAUGUGUGCUCUAGCUUUUGGUAAAUUUUAUUUAGUCCCUUCUUAUUCCUAUAUGGCGGAAGUUGCAGUAUCAAAAUAUGGCUAUACAGAUAAUUUGCCUUUAAGCGACACCCUCUCUUCAAUUUCGAAUUUUUCGAUGUCUAUUGGAGAAAUUCUAGGAGCGGUUGUUUCUGGAAUUUUGGUAGACUUUAUCACAUACCAACACAGCGCUGGCAUUAUAUUGGGCUGCAUCCAUUUUGUCUGGAUAUUAUCAGAAAGACAAAUGCUCAGAGGUAAUUGGCUGAAUAUUUUUGCUGACAUUACCUCAAAAGCUAUAAAAUUAAUUAAUAAAUCUCUUAAAAAUACAAAGUAAAAAUCAUGCACCAUUAUUUUGGCACUUGUGCUAAUACUUGUACCAAUUUUUGCCUAUUCAUGUGAUAUUGCGUCAUUAGUUAAAAAAAAUAUUAAUAAAAAUACUGAUGAGUAUUUACUGAAGACGAUGGAAGUUGACAAUACUGCAAUAAUCAAUGAGGAAACAAGCAGAUAA